UCAAUUUCUUUUGAGCUUAUUAAUAUAUACACACAUAUAAUAUUAUGGGAAGAGGAAAAUUCAAGGGCAAGCCCACCGGCCACCGCCACUUCUCGACUCCCGAAGAGCUCCGUGCUGGUACCUCUGUUCGUCCCCGUACUUUUAAGAAGCUGUAUUUCGCCCAAAAAGAAGUGAAUUUUUGCUUUGAGAGUGAUUCUUAUGAAGAGGAAAAUACUACAAAGUUUGACAAACCAAAAAUGAUGCUUUGUUUGAACUUUUGUCAAGUUAUGUUUGAUCUCUUUUCCUAUAAGGAAGAAGCUGAAGUGGAGGAUGAAGAAGAAGAGUCUGAGGAGGAAGUGGAAGAAGAGCCUGAGAAGCGAAAGGGUACCCAAGGGCUUAUUGAGAUUGAGAAUCCAAAUUUGGUCAAACAAAAGAAUGUUAAAGCUAAAGAUGUUGAUAUGGGGAGAACAACUGAACUAUCAAGGCGUGAAAGAGAGGAAAUAGAAAAGCAAAAAGCUCACGAACGAUACAUGAAGCUGCAGGAACAAGGGAAAACUGAACAAGCAAGAAAAGAUUUAGAGCGCUUAGCCUUGAUACGGCAACAAAGGGCAGACGCUGCUAAGAAGAGAGAGGAAGAGAAAGCUGCGAGAGAACAGAAGAAAACUGGAGCUCGUAAAUAAUCCAGGUUGAGAAAAAUCAGUAUGAUCAGUUUAACUCUAUCUUCUAUGUUUCGACUAAUACAUUAGUAUACUUAAGCUCUUAUACCAUAAAAAAGUUUCA